AUGGCGGCUCUCUCACGCUUCCACAGUCGCUUCGCCCAGCGGCCCAUCAUAUUAUUUUCCAUCAUUCUCACCAUCUUCUUGACCUACAUCUCCCUCACAGAGAUCACACUUCAAGAAGCCCCAAAUUCCAUUCAAUGGCACCAGAGCCUCUGGAAGAGCGCGAGAAAAGCUGCGCACGACCUGGCCCAAAGCUCUCGAGCAGCAUCGAUACAUAGCUCAGAGAUUCCCCAGUCACCACUAUCCACAGAACGCAAGAACGGCCGGAUGAACGCAACUUUCGUCUCUCUCGCUCGAGAUUCCGACCUUCCAGGCCUCCUACAAAGUAUCAGAGACGUAGAAGACCGCUUCAACGUGCACUACAACUACGACUGGGUCUUCCUCAACGAUGACGAUUUCACAGAAGAAUUCAUCAAAGUCACAUCGGCUUUCGUCUCCGGUCGUGCACGGUACGGCAGGAUCUCAAAAGACCAAUGGUCCCUCCCAUCCUUCAUAGACGAGAAGAAAGCCGAACAGACCCGGAUCGACAUGAAAAAUGUCAAGUAUGGCGAUAGCGCAUCUUAUCGUCACAUGUGUCGCUACCAGUCUGGGUUCUUCUACAAACAUCCACUGGUAGAGGAAUACGAGUGGUACUGGCGUGUAGAACCGGAUAUCAAGAUCUCCUGCGAUGUCCCCUACGAUCCCUUUCGCUGGAUGGCUGAGAAUGGGAAGAAAUACGGUUUCGUCAUCUCCCUGAAUGAAAUCUCCGCGACGGUUCCAAGUCUAUGGAACACCACCAAGCGCUUCAUUAGAGAUUUCCCUCAACACGUCACGAAGAAUAAUAAUAUGGCGUUUCUAUCCGAAGACGAAGGCGAGACGACGAAUUAUUGUCACUUCUGGUCGAAUUUCGAAAUCGCCAAUCUGAAUUUCUUCAGGAGUCAGGCGUACAACGACUUCUUCAAUUAUCUGGACCAUGCGGGAGGGUUCUUCUAUGAGCGAUGGGGGGAUGCUUCGGUGCAUAGCAUCGCCGCCUCUUUGAUGUUGGAGAAAGGAGAGGUUCAUUAUUUCAAUGACAUUGGGUAUCGACACAGCCCUUUGACGAACUGUCCGAGGGAUCAGAAGACGUUCCUGGAGAGAAGAUGUCUUUGUGAUGUGGGGGACAAUAUGGAUUGGAGUCCUUCUUGUGAGUUACUGUCCUCUGAAUCCAUUACGAUGAUCCCUUUGCGCUGACGCUGGAGUGGUAGGCACCAAGCGGUUUUUUGAGACAGCGGAGCUUCCGUUUCCCGAGGGCUUUGAUUGA